CGUCACUAAAAAGCGCCAGGGGAAGACGCGGAGUUAACGCGUCAUCGAAGAGCGCCAAUGUAGCUAGCACGUUAGGUAGUUUUAUUAGUCGUUUUUAAAGUUUUUUAUUAUUAUUUAAAUGUGUAAUUUCGGUAUUAUUGAGAUGAAAGUGUAUAGUUAAUUCAGUUUUUAAAACAACAACAACAACAACGUUAAUCAUGUGCCAGGUUGACGAAGAGUACGAUAGCGUCUUAGAACAAAAAUCUCUGCCGGCGGUAUCAAAGAAAUGUAUGAAGUGCAAAGAGGGCACUGCAGUGCUCAUCAUUCGAGUGGGAGAUGCCUUUUGUAGGGGCUGUUUCAAGGAGUACUUCAAACAUAAAUUCCGGGCCAUGCUAGGGAAGAAUCGUGUUCUCUUUCCCGGAGAGAAGGUGCUGCUGGCUGUUUCUGGAGGACCAGUAUCAAGCUGCAUGUUAGCACAAGUUCAAGAGGGUUUAAGUCGGGAGGCACCCAAGAAGUUAAGAUUUAUGCCUGGCAUUAUCUACAUAGAUGAGGGUGGUGUGUGUGGUCAGAAUGCUGAGGAGAGGGAGAAGGCUGUAGUUCAGUUGGAGAGUAUCUUCAGAACAACUGGAUUGCCGUACCACAUCGUCCCACUGGAACAGGUCUUUACUCUUCCCGAGUCAGUACUCGAGCCUGUGUAUAGACGGGAGCAGCCCGGCUCCAGCUAUAAAGCAGCAGUGGAUCAGCACAUCCGGUCUGAAGUAACCCAGGGCCAUGGGAAGCCUACAGUGGAGGAAUCCCAAGGUGCACUAGGCCAACUUAGCCUGCAGGCCUCCACAUACAAGCUUGAACACAAAUUGGCUUUGGAGGGACUCUUCUCCACUUUGAAAACCUUAACAGCCAAACAGGACAUGCUGCACACACUGAGGCAGCACCUGAUACUGCACACUGCCCGAAUAAACGGCUACUCCAAGGUGAUGUUCGGAGACAGCUGUACACGUCUGGCCAUCAAGUUGCUCACUAACAUCUCUCUGGGACGAGGGGCAGCGCUGGCAGCUGAUACGGCUUUCUCAGACUCGCGGUACGGUGACGUGGUGAUGGUGCGCCCCAUGAGGGAUUACUCCUCAAAAGAGAUCGGCUUCUAUAACCGGCUGUUUGAAGUACAGUCUGUCUUCAUCCCAGGCCUGGACACCAAGACUGCUGAUAAAGCGAGUAUCCAGCGGCUGACCGAGAGCUUUGUGGUCAAACUCCAGGCUGACUUUCCCUCCACUGUCAGCACUGUGUACAGAACAAGUGAGAAGCUGCACACAGCGUGUCCUCCUCAGAGCUCUACCACAGAACCUGCUGCUAAGUGCCUCCUCUGCCUCUGUGCCCUCGACACCAAAGCAGACGAUGCCUCUGCGUGCCACGCCACACUGAUGUCGGAGCAGCUGUCUCGGGGUACAGUGGAGAAAACUGGCCGAACUGACGCGGGCUGUUGUCAGGGGCAGAAACAAGCUUGUGGGGAUGGAGGUUGCUGCUCCACAUCCAGGGCUCCUGGAGCUACAGACCUGAGGAGUCUCCUGUGUUACAGCUGCAGACUGACCAUUAAAGACAUGACAGCGGUGGACUCCUUGCCACCGUAUAUAUCAUCUGAGGCAGAGAAACGCCAGAGGAGGGCUGCGAUGAAGAAGGAAAUCGGCGAGUUCCUAUUAGAGGACGGAGGUGCAGAUGACGAAUAGCUGGCCGGAUACGGUGUUUAUUUGUCGUAUCAGCCAAGCGAAGGUCACGGUUCAGUGACGCACACCAUGAGGAAACGUUUGGCAUUUUAUUGCACAGAUGGCUUUAUACAAGACCAUUUAAUUUAACUACAUAUCGACCUCCGUUUUAUAUCAAUUUGAUUUUGUUGAAGUGAAUAAAAUCCAAACCCAGUUCUGCACUAUCUAACUGGUUAUUAUGAAAGUACAUGAUGUUUUAUUGAUCACUUUUUAUGGCGGCAAUAAAUUGCAGCAUUUUUA